AUGGCCUACGGAGCCACUAAUUCGGCUGUACGAAGACAGAUGACAGCCUUUAUGAAAUACCAGGAGCUUGUUCCUGCCGAUAUUAGAUUGCUUAUGGAAACUCUCCUAGGGGCUACGGCUUUUACAAUGUUUCUGGUAAAGUGGCAGGAACGCUUAGAGCUAAAACAACUAGAGUUUAAGGCUGAAGACUCCAACCUGCUCAAGAUUAAGACUGGAGACUCCAACCUACUAGAAUUUAAGGCUGAAGAUGCCGACCUACUACAGACAGCAACAGAGACAGAGGUUAAUGAGGUGCUGAGGAGUACAAGCCCUGAGAAAAAUGAAGCAUUAGAAGCCCAGCAACAGAUGUCCUUGUUUCAGAACCGUAUCAGAGAGCAAAAUGCACAUUUGGAGAUGCUGCGUGAGAAAGCACAUGACCUGGAAGUACAGCUUGAGUCUUCUCAAAAGAAUGCCAAAGAUAAAGAAAAUACAUUUGCCCAAAUGGAAGAGAAUAUGGAAGAUACAAUUCAACAGCUAUGCGAAAGCACGGAAGAAAAAGAACAAGAUGUUAAAAAACAACAACAUGUUGAAGAACUGACAAUCAGCCAUGAGAAGGAUAUUUGCAGACAGUUGGAGAACUUGAGGGCUGAGCUGGAGAAGUGCCACAGAAGGGAAAUUGCAGAAGCCAGGCAGGUAUAUGAAGAAGAAAUGGUUUUGAAAUAUAAGAAUGAACUUGAAGAGCUAAAAAGAGAGCUCUGUGCUCUGAAUUCUGAAGAGCAUGUUCAGACUUUGAAUGGCAUAAUAAUUGACUUAAAUAAGAGUCUUCAUGAGUCUGAAGUUAAUAAAGAAUCUUUGAGGAAGAGACUUGAGAACCAACAGGAAGACUUUGAGAGAGAAAAAUCUGAAAUUGAAACUAAAUACAAGGGUUUGAUUGAUGGGCUUAAGUUGCAACUUUCUGAUGCAGAAGAGCAGCUCAAGGAAGCUGAACAAUACAAACAAGUAAAACAGUCCUCGCGUGGAAAGAUUCAGAAACUGAAUUCUCUCGUCAAGGAAUUAAAUGAGAAGCAACUUUAUGAGGCUAAAGCCACUACAGAUGUAAGGCAAAAGCCUGAUGAAGACAAUGUCUCCAAUAAAAAGGUAAUGACUUUGAGGGAAAGCCAGAUUUUACCAGAGAUGAGAGCAGAAUUUGAUGCGAUGUGGAAUGAGCCACACCAGUUGACAGGUGAAGAUGAGUUAGUUCAUGAAGAACUAGAGUUCCAGUAUGGCUUUGGAGUAGGCUCCUCAAGGGAUCCAUUAGCAGAAAUCAAGAAUUCAGAGGUCACAGAGAAUAAUGAAAACGGUGAAGGUGAUGACUCUCUUAAAGUAAUUGAGACAAAAAUUGAGCAACAACAGGUUUAUAGAUAUGACCCUGAAUAUCCAGUUAUGGUUUUGGUUUAUGGAUCACAGCAAUACAGAUCUGCUAUUAUAGCGCAACAAAUUGAAAAACACUUAGCGAUCCUAGAAUGGGUUUUCCCAUCGUAUCAGCCUUCUGCAUCUGUUACCACGCUCCAGGAUUAUAUUGGGUCCCUAUUGUUAAAAGCCAAAGAACGUGUCAGGUUGGUGUUUGGUGUUGAUCCUUCUGUAUUUGUACUACCUUGGAAAACUACUGAUUUAAUCCAAGAAUGGUCAUUAUGUUCUAUGACCUUUGCUCUUGCAGUUAAUGGGGUACAAUUGUCAACACAUUAUCCCUCUCAUCCGCUGUUUCAAACAACCUCUAUUAUAAUGAGAGGGCCUAUUGUGAAACAAAAACCUAUAUCAAAUGCACUUACUGUAUUCACUGAUGCCAGUGGACGUACUGGGAAAUAUGGCUUCGCAUGGCAAGACAAUCAAAAUUGGAAACUAAAGAUAUGGACUGACACAGGACAAUCAGUGCAAAUCUUAGAACUACAAGCCAUUGUUGAAACCUUAAAUUGGUUUUCCUCACAAGCCUUAAAUAUUGUAUCCGAUUCAGCAUAUGCAGUCAGUGUAGUCAAUCGUAUUGACUGUGCAAAAAUAGGUAAAAUUGGAACAUUGGAAAUUGAAGAAUUGGUAAUUCGCCUAAAGGGUAUAAUUCAAGAACGUAAGGAGCCCAUCUGGUGCUGCCACAUGCGAAGUCAUACCAACUUACCUGGUAUCUUUUCCCAGGGUAAUGCUGUAAGAAACGAGAGGACAGCAGACGGUGUCUUAAUAAACUAUUUGUGGAAUCUAGCUAGGGAACUUUUGGAAGAAAAACGAAAUGAAGAUAUUAGGUCUGGCAGCACCUGUGGUUCUGAUGGAACAGGGAAGUAUGAUGUCACAUAACAUGGAUCAUCGGCAAAACAUGUGGGUAACAUGGGUUAAUGAGAUAGGGCAGGAUUCCUUUUGUUUAUCUAUAGCAACCCCAUCUGAUCCAUUUCGAACAUGUUUGAUUGGAGUCCCUCUGGUAUCUCACAAGACCUUUAUAGAUAUGGCUGACCACUUCUUCCAACACAGGCUGGCCACCUGUGUUGGAACGAGUGUGCAUUUUAGUCAGUAUAAAAGCCCAAGCCUCACGUGAUGUGAGGGAGGCAGAG